AUGGCAGAAAGCACUAGUCAAGAAGGUCUCUUUCGACAGUGUUUGAGAGAAUUAAUAAAUGAAGACAUCCAGAUCUGGAAUUCUUUAUGUCGACCAGAAGUAAACAUCAGAACAUAUGAUAAUGUCACACCAAUCAGUGAAUCAAGGAGGACAUUAUGGAAUCAAGAAUACUUCACUAUGACAUUUCCCAAACCACCCCAGCCAGGUAGAAAAAAGAUAUCAAGACCUUCAGAAUUACAAAUCACAGUUCCCAGACAUGACAAAAGAAAAUUAGAGGAAGUUCAGAAGCCAGCUCAUAUAUGGAUAAGGCAUUCUUUAAGAAAAAUUUUCCAAAGGCCAUCUAUUUACUUAACUGCAAGGAGACGGGUUCCAUUCAGACAUCCUUAUACUCCUCAAACCCAUUCUGAAAAGGCGGAAUAUAGAAAGUCCAAAGAUAUCAAAAAAGGAACAACUUUGAAGAAAGAUUCCAUGGAAAAUACAGGCCCACAUGAAACAACUUUAGAAUCCAAAAAAACAGUAAAUGAUGAGAAAUCUAAAAGAGGAAAUAAAGUAGGUAAAACUCCAUCAAAAUCAUCGCAUGAAAGUGAACUAUAUAAGAAAUCAAAGUCCAAGUCAGAAAUAAACCCAUACUCCAUAGAUUCUAAAAUGGUCUCAAUGAUAGAUCCAAAAAAAGAUAAGAGAGAUUCAAAGAAUUCCAAGGAGACAGAUAUUGAAUCCAUAUGUACAAAGAAGGAUUCUAAGAGCUCAAAGAACAAUUCUGAUGCCAAAUCAGAGACUUGCUCUAAAGAUAGUUCAAAUAUAGAUUUAAUGAUGUAUUUAGAGGAGUCUGGCGCUGAAUCCAUGGAACUUGAUAUGUGGUUAAAGAAUUGCUCACAGAAUAAUUCGAAGAAGCCUUCAAAAGACUCAAAGAAGGAUGCAAAGAAGAGCUCUGAUGCUGAAUCUGUAGAUUCAAAAGAUGCAAAGAAAGAUAAGAAAACGACAAAGAAAGACACCAAGAAGAAGGAUGCAAAGAAGGACACAGAGUCUACUGAUGCAGAAUCUGUAGACUCAAAGGAUGCAAAAAAAGAUCCAAAGAAUGCUAAGAAAGAUUCAAAGAAAAAGGAUGCAAAGAAGGAUGCAGUGUCUACUGAUGCCGAAUCUGAGUCUGAAUUGGAGUCAAAGAAAGGUAAGAAAGAUGAAAAGAAGGAUAAGAAAGGUUCAAAGAAAGAUGACAAGAAAAAGGAUGCAAAGAAAGAUGCAGUGUCUACUGAUGCUGAAUCUGAGUCUGAAUUGGAGUCAAAGAAGGAUAAGAAAGAUGAAAAGAAGGAUAAGAAAGGUUCAAAGAAGGAUGACAAGAAAAAGGAGGCAAAGAAGGACACAGCAUCUACUGAUGCUGAUUCUGAAUCUGAAGGGAAUGCAAAAAAGGGUAAAAAAGAUGAAAAGAAGGGUAAGAAAGAUGACAAAAAGCAGUCUGCAAUGAAGUCUGAAGAGUCUACUGAAACUGAAUCUGAUUGGGAGUCAAAGAAGGAUAAGAGUGAUUCAAAGGCUAAGAAAGAUUCAAAGAAAGAUGCCAAAAAGCAAGAUGCAAAGAAGGACAUAGAGUCUACCGAUGCUGAAUUUGAUGCGUCUUCCAAGAAAGACCCAAAGAAGUCCGAAAAGUUAAAAAGUUCAGAUGCAGAAUCUGAAGAGUCACUUUAUAAACCUGGGGCUAAAAAGAGAGGAGCUGAUGAAUCAGAUGCCACAUCUACAGAUUCAAAGAAGGAAGCACUGGAACUAAAGAGAGAAUUCAAAAUAUCAUCCAAAAAGACUACAUUCAAAGAAAAAGGAAAAAAAAUUGCAAGUGGAAUUCCUCCAUCAAGAGAAAGACCACCACUACCACCUUGUGAGCCUUUACUACCAUCACCGAAGGUCAAACGUCUCUGUCAGUGCAAGAUGCCUCCUCCACCUCCAAAACCAAGAUAUGCUCCUUUGAGGAUCUCCCUUUCCACCUCCAUUUCUCCAAAAUCUGGUUGUAAGGUGAAGCAUAAGUAG